AUGGCCGCCAACGUGCCCGAUGUCGAGAAGGACCAUGCCGGUAGCGACUCUGUCAACGGCAAAUACGACCUCCAUCACGAUCAUCACAACGAAGAGACUGCUCUCAGAAGGAUCCGGACCGCCGGAAGCAUUUCCAUUACUCCAGAGCUCUUCGAGAAGAUCUAUCUUUCUCCCAAGAAUCGGGUUUCUAACAACAUUCGGUCGACUUUUGGUAACCCGACUCCUCUGGCUCUCGUCGGAUUUCUCCUGUCUUUGACUCCUCUUUCAAAUAUCCUCCUAGGAUGGCGAGGAGCCGGUGGGCUUGGCGCGGCCGAAGUGGGCGUCUACUACUUCUUUGGCGGUCUGCUCAUGGUGUUGGGUGCAUUCCUGGAAUUCAUCCUGGGCAAUACCUUUCCUUUCGUCGUCUUCGGCUCCUUUGGUGCUUUCUGGCUUGCGUUUGGAGCGACUCUGACACCAUAUUUCAACGCAUCCAUCGCCUACGACCCGACACAUCCGGCUCAAUCGUCUUCGGAUCCUGUGUUUGCUUCUACAUUCGCCUUCUUCCACGUCUACAUGGGAGUUUUGUGCUUUGUCUACCUGAUCAUCGCGCUCCGAACCAACCUCGUCUUUGUGGGCAUCUUUGCUCUCCUCGUUGCCGCAUUCGCAUGCCUGGCAGAAUUCUUCUUCGAAAUUGGUGAGGGCACAGUCAACAUGACCAUGCAACACGCCGCCGGAGGUCUCACGUUCGCUGUGUGUCUGUUGGGAUGGUAUCUCUUCUUCGUGCAACUUCUCGCCGCUGUCGACUUCCCUCUCAACCUCCCUGUGGGCGAUCUGAGCCGAUACAUCAAGGGAGCAAGCGAGAGGGCUGAGAAGUCCGAGUAA